AUGUGUUUUAUUGAAUUUAGGCCAAACGACCUUCUUGGAUGCGAUUUGCCAGUUGAGAAUAAGCAUGUGGUGGACAGGUCAAUGGGCCUUCGUCAUUUCUCCACGAAAGUAUGCGAAAAGGUUAAGGAGAAGGGUCGGACUAACUAUAACCAGGUCGCAGAUGAACUUGUGGCAGAGUACUUUGCUGCAAACAAUAUGAACUCUGAGGAGUUUCUUGAAAGGCAAAAGUUUGAUCAGAAGAAUAUUCGCCGUCGGGUAUACGAUGCUCUAAACGUGCUGCUUGCCAUGAAUAUUAUAUGCAAAAGGAAGAAGGAUAUCGAUUGGGUUGGUUUGCCUGCAACUAAGGCUGGGGAGAUCAAGCGCUAUGAGGAGGAACGGGCAAAGCUUCAAGAACGCAUACGACACAAAAAGGAAACAAUUCAAGAACUUAUCGUUCAACUAGUCGCUUACAAAAGCCUAGUGUGGAAAAAUCGUGAAUUGGAGAGAGAGAGUGGUCGACCUGCAGAAAACUCAAUCCUCUAUUUGCCAUUUGUAAUCAUUAACACAUCCAAGAGCACAACUGUUGACUGUGCGGUUUCUGGAGACAGAUCGGAGUUUCUAUUUCACUUUGACCAACCUUUUGAAGUUCAUGAUGAUUUUGAGGCAUUAAAACGACUCGGUUAUUCUUACGGUCUAGAGCACAAUACCUUAAAUCCUGAAAUGUUGGAUCAUAUCGAUGAAUUUAUCCCCCCAGCUCUUCGCGGAUAUCUACCCAAAAUUUUAGGCGGUAUGUUACUAGCAUGAUU